AUGCCUAAAAAGUAUGUCCAUACAAAGAGAGGCAACACUAUGAGGUAUAGUGUUUCCGAUAUCCAGAAUGCUGUUGAUGCUGUCCAAUCUAAACAAUUUAGCAUAAGGAAGGCCAGUGAAACGUUUGCGGUGUCCAAAUCUACCAUAGCGGACAGGAUAACGGGGAAACAUGCUGUAUCUGUUACUCACGGCAGACCACCAGCAUUAGACCCAGCCCUAGAAAUGAAAAUUGUAAAUGCAGUAAAAAGAUCGGCACAGCUUGGAAUUGGUCUCAGUCGGAAACAGAUCAUACUAAGGGCUAAUGUCCUCUGUCAGCGGACAAAGAUCCAAUCGAGCUAUAGUAAAUUCCACGCAGGGAAGGACUGGUGGAAGGGUGUGUGUAACCGGCACAAAGAGCUAGUGGUGAGGACACCUGAGAAGUUAGCUUCAACAAGAUCAAGAAUGGUGAAUAACGAAGUUAUCGGAAAGUGCUUCGAUGAUCUUGAAAAGGUUGUUUUUGAUCUAAACUUAUAUGAACAUCCAGAAAGAAUAUGGAACGCCGACGAAACCGGGUUCAACUUCGAGCAUAAACCAGUGAAGAUCGUAGCGGAGAAAGGACAGAGAAGAGUGUUCAGUAAGACCUCCAAUCGAUCUACAAACAUUACAGCUAUGGCCUGCGUUAAUGGUACAGGUCAAGCCAUGCCGCCCCUUCUUAUAGCAAAAGGAAAAACCCAGAGAUGUCUGCACUCUUUCAAUACAACUGCUGGUCCCCGUGACACUGUAUGGACCUAUCAAAAGAAUGGUUGGAUGACAGAAAACAUUGGUGAAACCUGGUUCAAUGACGUUUUCCUUAGGAAAUGUGGACCAGAACGUCCUCAACUUCUGAUUAUUGAUUGUCAUUCCAGCCACGAGUCACUAUCCAUCAUUGAAAGGGCCAUUGAGGAAAAAAUCACGCUCCUCACAUUUCCUCCCUAUUGCACGCAUUAUCUCCAGCCUCUGGACAGAUCAGUUUUCGGGCCUCUCAAGCGCGCCUACAAUGAAGCAUGUUCGUCCUUCAUGCAAGACAACGCACUUCACCUGGUCAACAAGUGA